AUUAACUGUGAAAGUGGGGCGCACUGUGAGCUUUCUAAAGAAACACAUGCUAAUGGCGAAGAAAAAGUUUUCAUCAUCAAGGGAACUCCGAAUCAAAUCCACCUCGCCCAGCAUCUUAUUAGAUUGAAGGUUCCAACAGGGGAAAAAGCUGUUUUCAAUUCGUUCAAUAGGUUGGAGAUGUUCCUGCAAACACGCCUAUUCCUCCUCUGAGUAAUCGACCCGCACAUGUGGUUUCAAACUUUUCGCACGAAGUUCAGCAUCCCUAUCAAAUGCAACCUGUUCCUGCAAACAGCCAAUGGAGUAGGUUUUGUGAAAUUAGCGGCAAAAAAGACGUGCAUUCGUAAAAAACAGGCUUUCGAUGCUAUAGAACUGUUUUGAAAUGAAAUAGAUGAAAAGAUACGAAAGAAUAUUCAAACUAUGAAAGUUUUUGAAAAAAAUUUUAGUGAAAUGAGAAAACUGUGAAAUAAAAGAAAUUUUGGUUUAUAGCUGUUCUAUUUAUCUUGCUAGGCUUUGAAAAGCCGAAAGUGUUUCAGAAAAAAAUUAUGCUGUUUAUUGUUCAUUACGGCUUUUCAGUGAAAGCUCGAUUAAAAAGAAAAUAGGUUUUUAUAUAAUUUUGAGCGUUUCCGAAUAGAAAAUGUUUAUGUGCAGAGAAUGAAUUCAGUGGUGAGAAAAAAUAUUCAUUGAUAAAUUUGAAAUAUAAUUAACUUUUAUUACAAGCUAUAGUAAUUAACGUAUCUUCUAGCGGGACCUAGAGCGAACAAUGGCCGCAAGCCCCGAAUAACAUGGGGUACUCAUUCCUGCCGCCUCAUGCAACCGCAAGGUGCAACCGGAAGCACUUCACAGAACUUCGCGGUGGCAGCUGAGACUUCAGCACAGAACAGCGCGCCAGCUGCUAAUCAAGCGCAGCCGACUAUCAACCCUCAGACUGGUCAGCCAGACUAUUCUGCUCAAUGGGCCGAAUACUAUAGGUAA